AUGUUUUUGCAACCUGCAGUCGGUGAGAGCAUGUCGACUAGAUCGACUGGAGUAGGAGUUGCUCCGCUUAGCGCAGAAGGAAGCUCCGGCAGUGGAGCUUCCAGCUCGUCGACAACACUUGAGGUAAAUCCUCAAUACAGAGCGUGGAUGGCUGUAGAUCAACUCCUCCUCGGCUGGCUGUAUAACUCCAUGACACCAAAGAUCGCCAUUCAAGUGAUGGGGUUUGAAUGUGCAAGGGAUCUGUGGAUCAACAUUCAACAACUCUUUGGUAUUCAGUCUAGGGCUGAAGAAGACUAUCUGAGACAUGUGUUUCAAACAACCAGAAAAGGUAAUUUGAAAAUGGAAGAUUACCUUCGAACCAUGAAAAUGAAUGUUGAUAAUCUCGAGCAGGCUGGUAGUCCAGUGCCACCAAGAGCUCUUGUUUUGCAGGUUCUACUAGGACUUGAUGAAGAGUACAAUGCCAUCGUGGCCACAAUCCAAGGGAGAGCGGACAUGUCAUGGCUUGAUAUGCAAUCGAAACUUCUCCUAUAUGAAAGAAGAUUGGAACAUCAGUCAAACAAAAAAAACAACAAUAGGCUUCAACCAAGUCAAUAA